AUUAGUGGUACGGCGCAUGCGUUUACUCACGCGUGCGCGUCACAGUGCGCCGAGGGUUUGCACUUCAGUGCUUUUCAUUGGGUUUGUCUGUGUGUGUGUCUGUCUGUUACUCUCAAUCUCACUUCUCGAAUGUCUGUUCGUCCCAGAAAUGAUGCCAUCUACCCAACGGGCGACGAAGGAGGUGUGCUACCAGUACUGGCCUGGGAAGAGAGCACAGACCUAUGGAGAGUUCAGAGUAGAGCUGCUCAGUGAGGGGUGGAAGAGUGGAUUCUUAUCCAGGAACUUCUCUGUCCAGCAGGCCAAGUUUGCCAUAGCCCAUCAGGUGUGGCAGUUCCACAUCCCAGAGUGGAGCUCAGACUACCAGUGGCGUGGGGAUGUGAAUGCCAUUGUCUCUGUCAUAGAGGAAGUCUCCAAGGUCCGGAGGAAGACUGGGAACCACCCCAUUGUCGUCCAUGGACUGUGAGUUUUAGAUGCCCACGUAUGCAGCAGACUGAAUGUGUCAGGUACAUACGCCUUGCACAAACAGAUGCGAAGUAUGCCUUGCACAAGAGUAAUAAAGAGUGGGUUGGAACCUCCUACAUUCGCACCAUUAUUCCCAUCCUCUUUUCAAUUAUCUACAGUGACACAGUGAGUAGAUCAGCCAUAUUCUGUGGUGUGGCCACCACCAUUGAGAGGUGUAAGACAGAGGGAGUGGUGGAUGUGUUCCAGGUGGUCAAGUUCAGAAACCUGGAGCUAUACAAACUUUGGAACAGUAUAAGUCGAUCUUUGAAGCUAUUUUAGCAUAUAUUGACUCAUUCGAAACAUACUCAAAUUUUGCUUCUUAGAUGUGUUGUAAGUAUAAACUCAUGCAACGCAAUUGUUGCCAUGGUGUAUUUGUUUUAGUUCACUUCAUGAUGUUAUUAAACUCCAGAGACCCUGGAGGGUUGUAAUGCCUUGCACGUCAACUGCGCAUGCGUGAAAGUCCAGGCCUUG